AUGGCUAACGUCCCGAACAUUUUACCAGUCCUCUUGCCGGACCACAAACCUUCUCCGGAUACCCAUCAGCAACCUACCACUUCUGCCUCCGAGUACAAUAGCCAGGCACGGCCUCAGCCGCCUCCAAACACCGACCACCAAAAUGCUUUGAAUACUAAUAGUACUACUAAUAGUACUAACAGUAACAACCAUUUGACCCAUCAAGCAGACCAAACUUUUUCAACUACAACCCAAUCCACUUUCUUGUCACCUCCAUCGCUAGCUAUUCCAUCAUCCUCUUCAUCUUCUUCAAAUUCUUCAUCUAUUAAACCUCCUAUAGUUUUAACCGACUCUACUGCAACAACUCAAACAAAUUUGUCCACACAAAUGAAUCGAUCCUCGAACCGUACAUCCGCUCCAUCGCGCCACGGGUCCCAACUUAGAGAUUCCAAUAGUCAGUAUGCGCUUGUUGCACGGCCUAUUCCAGUAUUUGUUGCAGAUCGUGCUCUUCUUUCGCGCAAAACUACACUUGCAGGAAUAGCUCCUGGCGCUGCACCAAGCCCUCAUCAACUAUAUAGUCCCGCACCCAUCAAUCAUACCAAUAAUAAUACUACCAAGCCAUUACUUUUGGAAAACAAUGAGCCUCUGACUCCAACAUUUGAUUUCCUCGACGAUAAUGCAAACUCCCCAGGGUCCGGAUCUGGACCUGGACCAGCAACAAUAAGCCAUUCUCGAGAACCUGAUAUUGUGUGGCGUACACAGGGACUUCUUCAAGCGCAUCGCGAAAGCGAAUCAGUAGCACCAGAUUCUUUAAAUCAACAGCAGUCUCUUUUGAGUUCACAAAACAAUAGCAGCAGGUCACCUUACGCGGUCAAAGCUCAUAGCAGACUUGCAAACUUAACAGCAUCGACUUUUUCACCAGGCUCCGCGGCAGCGUCUCCAAACUCAUCAGCAAUCCACUUAGGCCGCACUCCGAGCCCACUGCAGCAUAUGAAACAACAGAGCUCAAUAAUACCAACGGAAACAGAGGAAGUUAGCGGUCUACAUGUGGAUCCAGCGACGGCGCGGCGGGUCGUACUAGAGUUUCAGAAACAACAACAGCUGGAGUUACAGCAAUUGCAACAGGAACAAUUACGCAGCAAGAUUGUGGCAUAUCGGGCGCAGUUUCUUAACAACAAAACUAGUCCUGCAGCACAUAAGGCGGUAUCUCGGCAAUUUGACGGGUUACUAGAAGCCGGACUCGGGGGGUACAUCACAAACAAGCACCCGACAAAUACCGAGGAACAAAAUGAGAAUGAUGAAGCUUCGGAAAACACAUCUGUAAUUGCACAUGAAAACGAACUCACAGAGAUGAUUGCAAUUGAGAAGAGCAUUUUAGCAUCCGGGGCAAGCCAUUGGACCCCAUUUGUGGUCAGUACAAUCCACCCAGAAGUAUUUGAACGGUCUGCAAGGAUCGAUGCAAGUGAACUUAAUGCACAAAACAAUUUGGACGACGAGUGGCGGGGCGGUCAGGUGGACACGGAACGGCCAUCUAAAAACUUACCGAUGCGCGGGUUGUCUAUGAUUAAAUACCUAGUAUGUUGCUUCAUCCCUGGUGGCGCCAUGCUUGAUGAUCUGGAAAGCGACCGCGACAGACCUAAACCAUUGUAUGGUGUCGAGCCGAUACUAGACUCGGCUACUCAAGAAAAAUAUGCAACAGGUACGGCGAUGGGUCGAGGGGUUGCAGGUCGCAGUAGUGGUUACAAUGAUAACUAUUCAGACGAAUCAAAGCGUGCAAGAUCCACGGAUUUGCGCAGCCCUAUGGGUGGGGACUACAGACAUCAGCCACAUUACUAUCGUGAACACAUGCGAAGUUAUGUGGCCAAAAAGAAGAAAAAAUGGCUGCCCAAGAUUUUCUAUGUACUUUUAAAGGGGUCUAUGAUUCCACUUGUUUUGCGAUUGUUCAACAUUGUGUUAUCGGCAUGUGGUCUUGGACUAGCGUGUUCCAUCUUUGAGAAAUCUCACUACACUGCAGUCCCGCAACAGGCCUCGACCAUUAUGGCCAUUGUUGUGCAGACUUGUGCGGUGGCAUAUCUCAUGUACAUUUCUUACGAUGAGUAUUCAUCAAAACCUCUUGGACUACGUGAUCUUAAGGAAAAGAUGCGGUUAAUCAUGUUAGAUUUGCUUUUCAUUAUAUUUUCCUCGGCCAAUCUCUCGCUUGCAUUCCAGACUCUAUUUGAUUCCAUGUGGGUGUGUCGAACAAAUAAGAAUUUUGAUUACCGGUUUCUUCUCAAUGGUGAUCCCACGCCGUACAAUGGAGCGGUAUGUGGUCGCCAACGGGCCCUGGUAUCAUUUCUUAUUGUUAUACUUGUUUCGUGGAUUACCACUUUUACAAUUUCUAUGUUUAGACUCAUGGACCGGAUAUCGAGCAGGAAUUAG